CAAGUAACCUGGAGAUUUAAAAGCCGCUGGCUGGCGCGCGUGGGGUGGGGGUAUUAGGAAGGAGCAGCUUGCACGCUGCAGCCCCGGGUGACAGCCGCGCGCCCCGGCCAGGGGCAGAUGAGUCACCGCGGCAGGCGCGCACAGUCCGGGACUUAAGGGGAACCGCGCAAAGGGGCCUACGGCCGGGACGCCGCGGGGUGCUCGGGCUCGGCCCAUCUUUCUCGGCUCAGCCUGUGACUGGCUCUUUCCCUUGACCUCCGACUCCGACUCAGCCUCCUUCCCGACCCGCACUUGACCUGUUCAAGGCCAGGGGCACCCUGGUGCUUCCUCUUUCCCCAAGGAGCCAGAGUUGGGGGUUGGAAGGGUUUGGCCCGGGUAGGAUCGAGCGGAGCAGAGAUCCUCAGUGGAAACAUUUGGGUCCAGAGAAUUAGAGACCAGUGGUUUGGAAGGCACCACAAAGCCCAAUGGUCUCAAGCCGCAUUCCCUCCCCAGCAGCCCAGGAUCUGAGUGAUGAGCGCGUUCCCAUCAAGGCUCCAUGUGGUGACAUGUGUUUAGCAUGGGCUGAGGAGCGGCACCUGUACCACAGCGCAGGCGGAAAUGGGUGUCUGGCUGAAUCCUAGGCAGUCGGUGGUGGCGAGAAGGAGAGGCCUUGGCCUCUGGCGCAAGGCUGAGCCAAAGCGGCUGUGGAGUGUGUGAACAGCCCCUGGAGCGCUACCUGCCCUGCCCACCAUGCUCCAGAGGCUGUGUGCCAGCCGCCUGCUGCGGCACCGGAAAGCCCAGCUCCUGCUGGUCAACCUGCUCACCUUUGGCCUGGAAGUGUGCUUGGCUGCUGGCAUUACCUAUGUGCCACCCCUUUUGCUGGAAGUGGGGGUAGAGGAGAAAUUCAUGACCAUGGUGCUGGGCAUUGGUCCUGUGCUGGGCUUGCUGUCGGUCCCGCUCCUAGGCUCUGCCAGUGACCAGUGGCGUGGGCGUUACGGCCGCCGGAGGCCCUUCAUCUGGGCCCUGUCCAUGGGCGUCCUGUUGAGCCUCUUUCUCAUCCCGAGGGCCGGCUGGCUCGCAGGGCUGUUGUGUCCGGAUGCCAGGCCCUUGGAGUUGGCCCUGCUCAUCGUGGGUGUGGGGCUGCUGGACUUCUGCGGCCAGGUGUGCUUCACGCCGCUGGAGGCCCUGCUCUCUGACCUCUUCCGGGACCCAGACCACUGCCGCCAGGCCUUCUCUGUCUACGCCUUCAUGAUCAGUCUUGGGGGCUGCCUGGGCUACCUCUUACCUGCCAUUGACUGGGAUGCCAGUGCCCUGGCCCCCUACCUGGGCACCCAGGAGGAAUGUCUCUUUGGCCUGCUCACACUCAUCUUUCUCGCCUGUGUGGCAGCCACUCUGUUUGUGGCCGAGGAGGCGGUGCUGGGUCCACCUGAGCCAGCAGAAGGGCUGUCUGUCCCCUCCGUGUCACCCCACUGCUGCCCGUGUCGUGCCCGCCUGGCUUUCCGGAACCCGGGUGCCCUGUUUCCCCGGCUGCACCAGCUGUGCUGCCGCAUGCCUCGCACCCUGCGCCGGCUCUUCGUGGCCGAGCUGUGCAGCUGGAUGGCACUGAUGACCUUCACACUGUUUUACACGGACUUCGUGGGCGAGGGGCUGUACCGGGGUGUGCCCAGAGCUGAGCCAGGCACCGAGGCCCGGAGACACUAUGAUGAAGGCAUUCGCAUGGGUAGCCUGGGGCUCUUCCUGCAGUGUGCCAUCUCCUUGCUCUUCUCCCUGGUCAUGGACCGGCUGGUGCAACGAUUUGGUACCCGGGCAGUCUAUCUGGCCAGCAUAGUGACCUUCCCCAUGGCUGCUGGUGCUACGUGUCUGUCCCAUAGCGUGGCCGUGGUGACAGCUGCGGCUGCUCUCACUGGAUUCACCUUCUCAGCUCUGCAGAUCCUGCCGUACACACUGGCCUCCCUCUACCACCGAGAGAAGCAGGUGUUCCUGCCCAAAUACCGAGGGGAUGCUGGAGGUGGCGGCAGUGAGGACGGCCAGACGACCAGCUUUCUGCCAGUCACUAAGUCAGGAGCUUUCUUCCCCAAUGGACAAGUGGGCCCCGGUGGCAACAGCCUGCUCCAGCCUCCACCUGCACUCUGUGGGGCGUCUGCCUGUGACGUCUCCAUGAGAGUGAUGGUAGGCGAGUCACCCGAGGCCAGGGUCGUUACUGGCCGGGGCAUCUGCCUGGACCUCGCCAUCCUGGACAGUGCUUUCCUACUGUCCCAGGUGGCCCCAUCUCUAUUUAUGGGCUCCAUUGUCCAGCUGAGCCAGUCUGUCACUGCCUAUAUGGUAUCAGCUGCAGGUUUGGGUCUGGUUGCCAUUUACUUUGCGACACAGGUGGUAUUUGACAAGAGUGACUUGGCCAGAUACUCAGUGUAGAACGCUUAUAACUCAUUGAGGGGGAGGGUCUGCCUCCCUGGGAUGCACAUCCCAUAGGGCCGUCCAUCUGGCCUUCCCAGUUCUCCUGCUGCCAAAGCGGUACGGCUCUCUGCUGCCGCACUGUGGUGUUGAGUUGCAUAACUGCACGGAUGUCGGCAGGGUUUCCUCUCUCUGGGUUCCCAGUCUCUGGUGGUGGCCUACUGGCAGCUUCCCAAGUGGCGUUAGUCUGGAGUUUUGCAGGGAGGCGAAGGGCGGGCAUUUGAUUAGCUCUUAGCUCGACACACUGGAAUGAGGGGCUGUACAGGUGCAUUAUCCAGGCUCAGGGUUAACCAUACUGGUUGAGAUACCCAGAGAAGGGAUUUGGAGACCUGAAUAAAAACACCCCUCCAAGCCCUUUGUCUUACAGGUGCCCCCACUGUUGCUCUUGAAUGGGAGUUUCUGGAGUGAAAUUUCCCUCUACAGGAUCGGAUAGAUGGAAAGUCAUUUGGGAGAAAGCUCCCUAUGGGGUGAAGUGAGCCCCCCCCCCCAUGGUUCACAGCACUACCUUUCUGCUGAGAUCCCUACCCCCUGUCUUUUUUAGACUGGUUGGUUCUUGGGUUGUCAUCAUAGAGACAUGGGCCUUUAAAUAUUUAACUUAAUUUAUUUAAAAAAAAAAAAGAAACGAUGGCCGGGUGUGGAGGCGCACGCCUUUAAUCCCAGCACUCGGGAGGCAGAGGUAGGAGGACUGCCUUGAGUUCGAGGCCACCCUGAGACUACAUAGUGAAUUCCAGGUCAGCCUGGCCCAGAGUAAGACCCUACCUCAAAAGAAACAAAAACAAACAAACAAAGAAAAAAAAGAAAGGAACUUUAUUUCCAGCUUUUUUGUGUGUUGUGCCUGGGAGUUGGAUAGGAUAGAAUCCCCAAUAACUGGCUUCUCUGAAAAAGCUGAACUCUGUGGGACAAAUGUUGCCAGAAUCUCCUCCUGGGGGGGGUGGAUCUGCCCCCCUAAAACUGCCUAGCCCAGGAUCUUGGGCACUCCACUUACCCCAGAUGAUAUCCUUACAGUCUUUUUAUCCAAAGCUGGGCCCUAAACUCCCUCUUUUCUCAUGACCCAGCCUGGCUCCUUGGAAAGGAAUGGGCCCAUGAAGACAUUGCCCUUCCUCUUCCUCUACCCCAACUCUCUCCACUGGCUCUGUGACCUUCGGGGCUAUUGCAGGACCAGAAGCACAAGUGUGGUUCCUUGGGCUCUGUCCAUCUGUGCGUAUCUGUGCUCGAGGAAUCUCACACAAACUCAGGAGAACCCCUUCCAGAGCCAAGAAGCUCUUACCCCUUGGGGGUUUAAGUGCCGAUUGCAAUAAUGUUAUGUCUUAUUUAUUUAGCAGAGUAAAUAUUUUAUACUGUAUGUGAGCAAUCAGAGUAUCACGUUUAUGGUGAUGAAAUUAAAUGCUUCUUAUAUGUUUAACUGA